CUUAAUAGAUAGUAUAUAUCGGGUCAGCUUCAACAAAAUAGGUUCAUAGCCAAUACAAUUGCGCGAUAGCUGAUGUUGGGUGUUGAUGGAUUGACGCAUUUCUUCAAAUCACUAAAACAGAGUCUGGAUCACUGCUUCAUGCAUCUUCUAUCACACAUGGAAUUGGACGACCAAUAAAUCCUGAAGCUGUGGUGUAUUAUGUUUUAAUUGAUAUUAGGUGGAACAAUUUAACAAAACUACAGAGUUACGAGUAGGUGUUACAGAGAGGGUAGAGUAUCACGUACUGUCGGCAACAAUCAAACUGGGAAUAUGCAGUUGGAAUAAUAUAUUGUGUCUAUUGGCAUGGUAGUAACGUGAGGUAUUGGGGUUAUGAUCGUGGUGCUACAACUGAUGGCGGAAGGCCCAUCGGGGACAGAGGAAAUAGUAGACGGUAUGGGAAACUACACCUAUGAGCAGAUAUUCAAUGAAAGUGGAACGGAUAAUGAAACAGCUAAACCACAUUAUAAUUUCUUUGUACAGUCUCAAUUCAUCACAGCUCUUAUAUGUUUACCUAUAAUUUGUACUUUCGGAAUUAUCGGAAACAUUCUCAGUUUGGUCGUGCUUCAACAAAAGAAAAUGUCCAGCUCGACAAAUACAUUUCUUUCAGCCAUGGCGAUUGCUGAUUCAAUUAAAUUGAUAAAUGAUGAGAUAUAUUUCGUGGUGAUAUUGAUGCAGCGCUAUAAUCCCGAGAUGAGCCAAACGGGAUUUGUACACAUAUAUCCCUACUCCCAUUUUGUUUUCAAUUGUGCAAUGUUGAUAACAUCUUGGAUAACUGUCAGUGUUGCAGUGGAACGCUACAUCUCAGUGUGUCAUCCUCACCGUGCUAAAAGCAUGUGUACUAUCCCCCGGGCCAGACUAGUAAGCUCUUGUGUUGCACUUGGCAUGUCCAUAAUAGCACUGCCAUCUGCCUUCAAAUACCACACUGUCGUCUCUAAGCCAUUGGAUAAUACAAGCGAGGGGGUAGUUAAUAUGACAAUAGAACUGACAUCAUUUGGAAAAGACGUGUAUGCUAUGAACAUAUACACAUGGAUUCAGACUCUACUGCGCUCCAUUAUUCCAUUAUUUGUGCUUGUAUUCAUUAAUGCUUCAAUAAUUCGUUCCCUCGGGAGAUCGAAAAUUCAGGGAGCCGCUAGUGCUGCCAGAUAUAGGAUCACCGUCAUGUUGGUCGCCAUUAUCGUCGUCUUCCUUAUUUGUAUCACUCCUGACGCCAUCAUGUCAACCUUUCUUGGCCUUGGUUACUACGAGGCUAACUAUCUGGUGCGUGGUAUCAGGGAAUUCACUGACUUGCUGCUUGCCAUCAACUCGGCUGUUAAUUUUUUACUCUAUUGCACGUUUAGUAAAGUUUUCAGAGAAACGUUUAUGAGUUUGUUUUGCAACUACCGUAUAACAUGCAACAAGUGUCUUUUGAAAAUAUCUUUUAAUGAUUAUACUAGCAUUAGACAAGCCCGUUGCGACAGUCCAUCACGGGGGGAAACAUUGAACACUGUAGAAACAGGAUCGAACCAGUCGACUCGACCUCCGCUGAACGGACAUGUCGAGUCGUCCGUUGACAAGAUAGCAUCUCCGACGCGUGACCCACAAUAAUUCAGCUCAAUAAUUCGUUAAAAUGACUGAGCAAGGAGAGCUUUAUAUAUAAAUUCUUGAUUAGUGUAUCACGAAGUAAUUUGUACCUGAAACCAUUUUCGAGGCACCCCAACAUUAGCAUCAUGUUCCCAAUGGAGGUUUGAGAUUGAAGGGAAAUGUAUCGUGUUAAUCAGUUUACCAAAUGAACUUAUGAUAUUAAUGGGGUUGAUUGCCAGUGUAUCUUCAGAGCAUCUUUAAAUUUUAUGCGCAAACAAAACAAAAAUGCCAUCUAGAAAAUUUAUGCUCUUAACAAAUUGAUUUUCCAUAUUUUAAAAGAGGAUGAUUGUUUAC